AUGUUUUCGAAGGCCUUUGUUUUGUUGUUCGCUGCCACUGUAGUUGUAGCUGAAGGUGGUGAAGUAAGUAGAGUAGGGGUAGGGUAGAGUGGGGUACGGUAGGGUGGGGUGCGGUAGGGUAGGGUAAGGUAGGGUAGGGUAGGGUAGGGUAGGUUAGGGUAGGGUAGAGUGGGGUACGGUAGGGUAGGGUAUGGUAGGGUAAGGUAGGGUAGGGUAAGGUAGGGUAUGUUAGGGUAGGGUAGGGUAGAGUAGGGUACGGUAGAGUGGGGUACAGUAGGGUAGGGUAGGGUAUUUACAAUAAUUUCUACAGUAUUAAAUUUCAGCACGACGCAGGCACGUUCAGAAAAAUCUACAAGCGGAUUAAAGAAGAACAAGGUCAUUCGGAAACUGAUCUACAAGCUUAUAUUCUUUAUCAAAAAAUGCGUAACGAAGCCGUCCAAACCAGUGCGGAUGAUGAAGAGUCUUUUGCAAUUGUAGAGAAAUUCUUAAACUAUAUAGAGAAGGAGUACUUUGCCAUACCAGCUGAUAAAAAGUUGGGACAGGAAUACAAAUUCUUCACAAAUGAGCUGGCUAACCUGGAACUCCUCUUAAAAGGCGACCUGAAAGCAAAAACACCAGCUUUGGACAAGUUUGCUGUUGCCGUUUUGCCAUUGAAAAAGUAA